AUGCUUAUUCAAUCCGCUCUCGUGGCCCUCGCCGUCACGGCCGUUAGCGCCGUCAAGCCUCUCCAAGUUAAGGGCAAUGAUUUCUACGACCCUGACACGGGCAACAAGUUCCAGAUUGUUGGUGUUGGCUACCAGCCCGGUGGUAGUGCUGGUUACAAGCCCGACGAGAAAAAGGAUCCCUUGACCGAUGCCGAUGCUUGCAUGCGUGAUGCUGCUCUCAUGCAGAUUCUUGGCAUCAAUACUGUCCGUGUCUACAAUAUUGACCCCUACCUCGACCACGACAAGUGCGCCAGUAUCUUCAACGCCGCUGGCAUGUACCUCAUCAUUGAUGUCAACUCCCCCCUCCCUGGUGAGGCCAUCACCUCUUAUAACCCUUGGGAAAGUUACUUUGGCGGUUACCUCAACCGCACCUUUGCCGUCAUGGAGGCUUUUGCCAACUAUCCCAACACCCUCCUUUUCUUCUCUGGAAACGAAAUCAUCAACGACAAGCCCUCUGCCAAGGUCACUCCUCCUUAUAUCCGUGCUGUCACCCGUGAUCUCAAGAACUAUGUCAAGAAGAACUUGAAGCGCCAGAUCCCCGUCGGCUACUCGGCUGCUGAUGUUCGCGACUUUACUUACGACACGUGGAACUAUUGCCAGUGCACCAUUGACGGUGAAAAGGACAACAUGAGCCGUGGCGAUGUCUAUGGCCUCAACUCUUACAGCUGGUGCGGCAUCGAUGCUACAUACACUUCAUCCUCGUACAAUGAGCUCACGGACAAAUUCAAGUCGAGCUCUGUUCCCGUCUUUUUCUCCGAGUAUGGUUGCAAUCAGCCUCUGGGCGAGCCCCGCUACUGGAAUGAGUCCGUUGCUCUUUACAGCGACAAGAUGACUGGCGCCUUCUCCGGUGGUCUGGUUUACGAAUACUCGGAGGAGGCCAAGAACUAUGGCCUUGUCAACCUUACUGCUGACGGUGCUAGACUACUCGGGGACUAUAAUCGCCUCAAGAACAAGCUAACCAAGAUUGACUGGAAGAGCCUCAAUGCUCAAAAAGCGGCCCAAAAGGAUGUUGAAGCCCCCAAGUGCGACUCCAAGCUCAUCACCCACGAUGGCUUCCUUGCUAACUGGACUCUGCCCUCUCCUCCCGACAAUACCAACGACAUGAUUUCCAAGGGUGUAACCCCCAAGCGCAACGGCAAGCUGGUUGACAUCAGCGACUACAAGGUCUCCCUCAAGGUCUUUGAUGAACAAGGCAACGAGCUCAAAGACCUCAAGGUCACUACCUUUCAAAAUGACGAAUCCAAUUACCCUGGCAAGGUCAGUACCGACACUGGCAAGGAGACGACGUCCACCAGCAACUCUAGUGGCGGCAGUGAUGGCAACAAGGGCGAUGGCACCAAGGGAAAUGGCAAGGGCGACGGCCAGGGUGACAAGGAUAACGGAGCUGCCUUUGCCGCUCCCAUGAUGCUCGGCGCUGCUCUGCCCGCCCUGGCCAUGAUUUUUGCUUAG